UUUUGCAUUUUCGAUUGGCGGCGGGUUUGAACUUUAGUCGAAAAGAAUACAAUAUUAGUUUUGUUGCAAUAUGUUGAGAAUUUUCGAAUUGAGAUUCGAUAUAUUGUACUUAUAUCACUGUAACCGCGGAGUAUUAGAAACAGCUCCACUGAUUUUGAUGCUAUUAGCAAAAAUCGAAGAAUGCCGGGACAUCAUCAGAAUUUCUCCUUCUAUUUGCUGAAUCUCCUAACGUCAACAGUCAUUGACCUUGAAAUCAUACAUCAUUGACCUUGCAGUGAUACGUCGUUGACCUUGAGAAUGAAUUAAAAAAUCUUUAACCUUGUACCGAAUUGAAAUAUGAUUGUUGCUUUAAGGUGCCCUUAUGGUUCGCCUCUGAAUUAUUUUUGAAGCAAAGAUCGUUGUCAAAUUGAGACUUUAUAUUAUUUUUCGUUUCAGUAAAAAGAUGUUACUGCGAGGGGCACUGCCCAAACAACCAGUUCAAUGGUACCUGCGAGAUCAGGCCAGGUGGCAUGUGCUUCACUUCCGUGGAAGCUGAAUACGAUGAAGCACUGGGAAUGGAUGUGCCCAUCUACACGUAUGGAUGUCUUCCUGAUGACGAGCGAGGUCUCAUGCAGUGCAAAGGCCAUCUGGUGCCCCACGAACAGAGCAAAUCGAUCGAGUGUUGCGACAAGGACAUGUGCAACCUGAACCUCAAACCAACCUAUCCAGAACGACCUACCCCCGAAUCCCCUUCAUUUCCCUCCCCAGACAGCCUCCCUUUCACAGUCCUCCUCACAACUGUCACUUUUUGCCUCACGCUUGUCCUCCUCGUCAUCGCAGUGGUCUUCGUCAAGAAUCGACGGAAAGAGAUGCAGAGAAAGUUCAACAUGUACAAGAAUUACCCGCCAGAAAAGUUCCCGAACAUGGAGGUCCAUGGGCCGCUGUCAAAUCUAAUAGAACAGUCUAGUGGGUCAGGAUCAGGCUUGCCCAUUUUGGUUCAGAGGACGAUAUCCAAGCAGAUACAGAUGGUACACUCGGUUGGCAAGGGAAGGUAUGGAGAGGUGUGGCUUGCCAAAUGGAGGGGGGAGAAAGUAGCUGUCAAGGUGUUCUUCACUACAGAAGAGCAGAGUUGGUUCCGAGAGACAGAAAUCUAUCAAACAGUACUAAUGCGGCAUGAGAACAUACUCGGCUUCGUAGCUGCAGAUAUCAAAGGUACGGGUAGCUGGACUCAGAUGCUCCUGAUCACCGACUUCCACGAGAAAGGUUCCCUGUACGACUACCUGCAAUCGCACUGCCUGGACACCAACAGCUUGCUGGUGAUGGCGCACAGCACGGCCUCAGGCCUCAACCACCUGCACACGGAGAUUUUCGGCACCAAGGGGAAGCCGUCCAUCGCGCAUCGAGACAUCAAGAGCAAGAAUAUCCUGGUUAAGAGGAACGGCGAAUGCUGCAUAGCGGACUUUGGACUUGCGGUCAAGUUCUUGUCGGACACGAACGAGAUCGAUGUGCCGCCAACUGUGCGAUCGGGUACCAGGAGGUACAUGUCUCCGGAGAUCCUGGACAAAUCCAUCAACAUGCACAACUUCGAUGCGCACAAAAUGGCGGACAUGUACGCGUUCGGUCUGGUGCUAUGGGAAAUGGCGCGAAGGUGCGUCACAGGCAGCGACAAGUUGCGACAAGCUGACGAAUACCAAGUGCCUUAUUACGAUUGCGUUCCCUCCGAUCCUUCGUUUGAGGACAUGCAGCAAGUGGUGUGCGUCAAGAAGAUCAGGCCACAAAUACCGCAAAGGUGGGAGGGAGAAGAGGUCCUGCAGACGUUAGCAAAAGUAAUGCAGGAGUGUUGGCAUUCGAACCCAGCUGUUCGAUUAACAGCACUCAGGGUGAAGAAAACGCUCUCGAAGCUCGACACGGACACUAGCAUAAAGAUAGUGUAGUGAUGUGAAAUAAACGUGUGGUGUAUCUUGCGCAUUCUCUGUUUUUAAGGGAGUGUACUUGGUUUUUUACUACAGAUUUGUCAGUCAUUACUGGAUUUGAUAACUGGUAGGUAUUUUCUCUUACGAUUCCUUAACCUAGGGAUUUAAUUUUCUGAUACAUGAGUAGAUUCGAAAGACAUUUGAUACUUCUGAGAUCCCUCGAGACAAAAGGUGUUCCACACGGUUGCAGGAAUAUGUGCUUUCAAUUUCUUCGGAUUCUUGGAAUAAAUCAACAGGUGUUAAAAAAUCUCUAAUCAAAUUGCCAACGUUUCGACGUUUAUUUUACGAAGAAAUGGAAAGCACAUAACAGACACUGGGAUCGGAAGUUAUAUCUCUUGUAUGCAGAUGCGUGACAAUUUUACUUUUGACAUGAGUAUUUGAGAUAUUUGAAGAUAAUUUUUAAUCUACCCGUGAACGCAGUUUUCACCGCUAUGUGGUGUAUUUUUUCUCCAUUAUUUUACAAUGCAUUGUUUUUAAUAAAACGCUGGGUGUACUGAGAACACUGUAGUAAAAAAAUCAGGGACAUUCCAACUGCCAAUUCAGGGAAACCCGUAAUUUUUGUACAUAAAAUAUAAACCAGAGUAAGAUACACCGUGUGUAUAUAGUAAAAAUUGUAUACUGAGAAAAGUAGGUUGUACAUAGUAUUUCUUUGUAAGUUGGAAUUGUUUUUAGGUCUAAAGUGUACCUAUAUGUGUAUAAAUGGAAGUUCAAAAGCCCUUAGACAGUAACUCGAAAAACAUAUACAGGGUGGUCCUUAAUUCCUUUGCCAAAGCAAAAAACAAUCAUAUAAUCAACUUGUUCGAUUUUUUAGCAAGUUUUUGCGUGACAUAAAAAAAUUGGAUACAUACAUAUUCCUUACGAAGUAAUAAAUUCACUUCGAUAUUAACAGAUUAAAGAUCAUUCUGUAUUUGUCAGAAGAUUCAUGGUAAAAGUGGGAAAUACGUGCAACGAUUUAGGAAAACAAAAAAGAUGCCAUACUUAAAAUAAUUCCUAUGAUACAGUGCCAUUGUUAUUUUGGGUUAUUUCAAAAACAGCGACGAAGUAGAUGUAAAAUUAUUAGCAUGUCUGCAUGCUCACAAAAUGUGAACAAUUACUGAAACAUUAGGCUUACGCGUCCUUGAAAGUCGAGCAAAAGAAAUAAAUGAUACGAUAUUUGUCAAUACAGAGUUUUUAGUGAAACAAAAAUAACGAAUCGUUAGCCGUCCGUAUAGCUUUUUUUCCUUCUGGGAGGCGUCCAAUCAACGUCCAGUAGGUACCUUGCUCUUGGAAUUUACAAAUUACAAAUCUGGGAACUAUGUGGUCCUUCUUCACGUCAGAUAUGCCGCUUCCCACAUGCUUCCUUAUUUGAUUGUGUCCAAGGUCCUCAUAUCCUCCCUUUGGCUGUAACUGUAGCCCAUUUUCGCUUCCUCCAUUACAAAUUGUAUCAUGCCACGCCUUUUUUUAUAAACAAGAGGAAAUGGUGCUGUGAUUCCUUUCCUUUUUUUAAUUCAAUUAAUAAUAAUAAAACACUAUAAAUGAAAUUUAAGGGUCAGCCAAUGCAAAGCAGCUGUCUAGUGACAUGUAAAGUUAGAGAGCGCCAGUGACAUGACGGAUUAAGCCACAAAUUCCCGAGGUGUUAAUGGGAACUUGUUUUGCCCGACCACCCACACAAAAGAAAAGAUAUUGAACAAACCUCUUCAGGAUAUGUAUUAAUUGACGUGAUAAGAUGAUAUACAAAAAAGAAAUUACCAAAUAAAAGAUGGUACUCCAUAAUCUGGUGUUCGAGGGGUCUAAAUCCCAGAAUCUGGGAACUAAGGAAGCGACCCACGCACAACCAAACAUCAGCAGAAAGAAAAGAAAAAUGGCGCUGGACGCGUCUGGACACGCAAGUUUUUAAAACAAACUAUUUUGAUAGGAAAAGAAGGUAUCUCAAAUUUUAAAAGAAGGUAUCUUGAUAGGACCAAAUAUCCCUAUACGGCUGGUACAUAAACAAAUCACAAAGUGGCGCUGGUUGCCAAUGGGUGGAACGAACUUUACGAGGGACCAACGAUAUUUUAUGAGGAAUUUUCUGACAUAAUCGUUAAUAAUACUAUAAAUUUGCCAAACGACGAUAGUGGGAGAUCCAGUAUGGUCUAAAGUGGUGCAGUUGGAGGGCUCUUCAUUGCAUCGACAGCCAGACAAGUCUUUGUACCUUGCCUAAUUCUGCAACAGUAGAGGAUUGUCUCAUAUUUGGCCUUGUCUCUACCAAAAAGGAACGUGGCAAUUUGAUAAUACUGACAAUCAUGACACGUUGCUUAUUUUUAAUGAGAAAAUAGAAAAAAACUUUUAAAAAUGUUUCAGGCAGCAGUAGUAGACUCUUCGGUCUCCUGAUCAGUCGCCGUGCGCUGUGCGGGUUCGAAUCUCGUCACAGGAGAAAUUUUUCUCUUGGCUGUGGAUGUCGUGAUUGUCCGUAGGUGGUAGACGGUCUCUGACUGUCGAACGUAGAGGUACCACCCGGCGGAUCUCGUAGGCGGAGCCAGAAUGUGUGCAUGUUGCAUGCACGCGUGUUCCCUCGCCAGAGUCCGUGUGGCGUUCCCCCUUUCCCCUGUAUCCCCCUAUAGCCCCACGGUACCUAAUGGGUGUUUAGGCCUUAGGCCUUCGUGGUAGUUGGAGUUUUAAAAAAAUAAGUUUUUUGUAAUAUAUGUGCUGUGGUUGCUCCCCCCCCCAUAACCCUAGUGACCACAUAACCAGCAGAACUCAAAUAAAAACCAAACCUUGCCAUAUUGCAUAGAUAACAAAAAUCAAGACAAUUCAUUGAAAACAUGCCUAUUUCUUGCUUUUAAUUUUAUCUGUGAACGAAAAUUCAUACUUCUAUUACAUUUUAACCAUGUUCUGAUAAUAAAAAAUAAGCUUUCCCAGCUUUACGAAUUUCGGCAAGAGCGCUAGAUAAAAUAUAACCUUACAAAAUAAGGCUCCCCUUAUUCUCCGUCACUAGGGGAAGUUUGUUAUUUCAAAAACAAACAAUGAAGGAUUUUUUCGCAACUGCGCAAAAUCGAAAUAACGAAGGAGCAAAGGAAGAGCACUAAGAACUCUUUAUUAAUGCUAUUUAAUAUUCAACACCUAAAAACAGGCGUCGUUGGACAUAGUAGUUUUAAUCUUGCGGGACUUAAUUUUUACAUGUGGCCAAGACACCUAUUACAUAAUCCAUGACAGUUUUGUCGUAGCCAACUUUAAUCGGAGGAACAUAUGUGGGUUAACUAGAAGUUGUUAAAACUCAAUCUCAACUUUUGCUCGAUAGUGACUCUCGUCAGAGAGUCGAUUAGUUAUAGAGGGAUACUACGUAUUUAACCCAUACAUUGUUCGUUGGAUAAAGUUAACUACAGUUCAAGGGCAAACCUCACCGUUAGGUCAGGUAUUAAAAUGAAACAGACUGUAGUUUUCAUGUCGAUAAUCGCCAAUAUUGCUCUGGCCUAUCGAAACCACGUGUUGAGAAAAUACUACAAUAAAGAAUUGUUUCAACAGAUGUGGUUUUGAUUGGCCAGAUAAAUAGAGUAUGACAAACCUAACAUUGUAAAAUUCUUACUUCCAGUUAACAAUAAAAUCAAUAGUUGACCUAGGAUUGGAUACCCGUACCAUAGGUUUCAGUAGUUGGCACUUGCUUCUUAUGUACAGUUGGUGCUUUAAACCACAUUAGUUUAUGUUUGGCAACAGUGGUCACUCGUUAAAUCAGCACUAUUUUAAAUUUGUUUUGCUCAAAUUUUCUGUGCAAUUCAUUUCAAAUUUUGUUUGUAUUUUUGGUUAAAAAUUGUUAUAAAUUGUAUAGUAGGCCGAGCGACUGUUGGAACGUGCAUUUAUACAUCCUCGUGUGUAAAUAUUGAAUGAAACUGUAAUUUUAAUUUAACCCCCCUUCCCCAUCCGUGAAAUAAAACUGUAUGUGUACUAUGCGGUAAAUAUAUUAUUGCAAGACUGAUAUAUUUUGAAUGUUGUGUUUGUGCAGAAAAUGUAAUAAAUAGUUUAUAGAAAAA